UCACUCAUUAACCAGUGGGUAGGCGAAAAGAUUACUUUUUUUGGUCUGAUUCACCUGCAAAACAUGAAAUUUGCUCAGUUGUCCAACGUCACAUGAACCGGAGAACCAGUUUUGACGGGAUCGGUUUGGACAGGCCGCAUACUUUUCUAAAAUCUGCAUGCAUGUUGAUGUUGUCAAAAAGCUAGAAAAUUGUAAACAGGGAACACCCACCGCUAACAUUAGUAAUUCUACAGAGAACUCCACACAGGAAAGAUGAUGCGCACUCGCCUGUGCUCCUCACGCCUUUACCUGCUCUCCCCGAGACUCAUGUCGACUGCCUCGCCCAGGGUCUUGCAGGCUUCAGACAAGCCUCCUGACCUCCUGGCCUCCUCUUUGGCCUUUGAGGAUCCCAGCGCAUUCCGCGUGAAGAGCCUGAGAGACUUGUUUCGUGCAUUGGCCGUAUUCCGGUUCUGCUCCUUCCCCGUGCUCGUCAACAACUGUAACAAGUUGAUGUCAGCGGCCCGCAGCAUUCUGGGCAGGCGCCUGUUCUCCUCGCUGAUGAGGUCCACGGUGUACGCUCAGUUUGUGGCCGGCGAGAACGAGAAGGAGAUCGCCCAGUCCAUGGAGACGAUGAGCGUUCUGGGACUGAGGCCCAUGCUGGCGGUCCCCAUCGAGGAGGACCUGGGAGAGAGCACAGGAGAGGAGCGAUAUGACGAGAAUGUGGAUGCCAUGUUGGAAUGCGUGCAGAUGUCGCACAGCAAUGCUUGGAGCAAAGAUCCCAUGAUGCAACUGAAGGUCACGGCUCUGCUCAGUCCCGAACUCUGCGUCAAAGUCACCAAAGUCAUUUCCAACCAAGCGUACGACUUGGACCUCCUCGUCAGAGCGAUGGAUGGCGAGGACGUGAAGUUCCCCGGUUUGGAGGAGAGCGACGCGGCGCAUUUCCACUGCAGCCUGCGCAGACUCAACAGAAUAGCCGAGGCUGGCGUGAACAAAGUGCAGGUCCUGGUCGAUGCGGAGUAUACCUACAUCAACCCCGCCCUGUCCCUUGUUACCAUGGCAAUGAUGAAGAAGUUUAACAAAGACGGCGCCUGGAUCUGGAACACGUACCAGUGUUACCUGAAGGAGACAAGUACGCUACUGCACGAGGCGAUCAGUCUGUCUCAGGAAGAAGGCUUCUGUCUGGGGGUCAAGCUGGUGCGAGGGGCCUACAUGGACAAAGAGAGGAAGCUGGCGGUGAACGAAGGUCGCCCAGACCCCGUCCAGGACUCCUGGGAGGACACAAACAACAAUUAUAACAGCUUGCUGGAGAUGAUGCUGAGGCUCAUCGCCCAGGACCCGGAGCGCUACAGGAUCAUCGUCGCCACGCACAAUGAAGAGUCUGUGAGGAAGGCCGCCACAUGGGUUGAAGAACUGGGUAUAGACAAAGCAAGAGGCUCCGUGUGUUUUGGUCAGCUUCUGGGAAUGUGUGAUCACGUCUCCCUCACUCUAGCCAAAGAAGGUUACGCUGUGUACAAAUCGGUCCCGUACGGCUCCGUGGACGACACUCUGCCCUACCUGGUGCGCAGGGCCCAGGAGAACCAAAGCGUGUUGAAGGACAUCCGCAAGGAGAGAGACCUGCUCAGGCAGGAACUCUACAGGAGACUCAGGUUGAGAACACGCCAAGAGUAGCAUCCAGAACACUCUGUAUUUUGCUUAAUCUGGUUUGUCGGACAAAUGUAGCAAUUCAUGGUGAUAGUUGGAAUAUGCUGGAGCUGUUUUUCUAUAUGCAAUUUAACUUUUCUGCAUUCCUUUUUUUUUUUUGCUAGUAGCCAUCUGCCAAUAAAGGUGUAAAUAUUG